GCGAAGGGUGGAAGUGGGAAGAAGGAUUCGCAAGUCUGAGUGGUUUGUUUAUCUGACCUUUUGCGUCGUCUGUUCACUCUCCGCUACGUUCGGUGGCGAGAGGAGACAUUUGCCGAAAAGAAGUCUCGUUCAGAGGACUUCUAUUGAAAUCCCCUGUUGCCUUGUGCCCAGGGGGAUUCGAUGUUUGUUUUGGAUCUUGAUAAUCACAUGCUUAAGAAAACUAGCAGAUUAAAGAAGGCAACACAAAGAGAAGAGCGAGCCUUACUAGUUCGGAGACCUGGAAAGGCAGAGGUGGUUUGUGAGGAGUCAGUGGGAAGGUGACAUAAAAGUUGAAGAUGGGCGGAGGUGAAAGAUUUAACAUUCCUGGUCAACACAGAAAUAACCUUGGCAAACAGAUUGCGCGUCAGAAGUUGUUUGAUCGCAACAAUCAAAAGAUGAGCAUGUCCCACACUAAGGACAGGAGCCGUGGUUGUGGGACAUCUCUUGCAUGGCAGGCCAUGCAGAAUGGAGUGAACAAUAACACUCUAUCUUCAAAUCAAAACUGGAGCGCUGGGUUUCCAGCCUCCAAUAACCUCUUCACCAAUCAAGACAACCAGAAUUAUGCUGGAGCCAAAUUUAGUGAACCCCCAUCACCAAGUGUUCUUCCCAAACCACCAAGCCACUGGGUACUGCUUUCCUGUAGUCCAGCUGAGAAAGAGCUGAUGUCCUUCCAGCUGAAAACCUUGCUAAAGGUGCAGGCUUGAGUAGGACCUGUCAAGACCAUCGAUUAUAAAUGCCUAUAGGACACUUACAGGGUUCUAAGUUGAAGAAUGCCCAACACUGUGUGUGAAACAUGAGAUCUUACUUGACUAUGCCAGCAUGGAAUGGAUCGUUUUUGCCUAAAAUCCCUCAGGAGUUGAAAUGAAUGGUGGGUGAAGCUUCUGUGAAGAGUACUCCCGCAUACAAAGCACUUUUUCCACAGCAUAGCUGGUGCUUGAUGCACUGAAUUUCCAACUUGCACCCAAAUUAAUGAUAUACAACACUUUGCACUUGAAGUUAGCAGGUGAACAGCUUCACAAGUUGGCUUUGGAUCCUUUUCUUCUGCUAGCUUAGAAUGCUGUUUGCCUUCUCUUGUAUAGCUUUAAUUUGCAGCGUGUGCUGUGGUAGCUCUUAGUUUUGUCAUCAUUUUUAUUAAGUUAAUGGAGUCUAGCAUUGUUUUAACCUUUGUUUUUAGUCUGUUUAGCCCUGACUAUUUGCCAACCUUGCAAAAUAUAUUAAUUAUUCCUUCCCUUACGACAGUGGGUUCAAGUAACCCCGCUGUGGCACAUCUUUUGGUUAGACACUCUUUAAUCCAGUGAUCCCCAACCAGUAGCUCGUGAGCAACAUGUUGCUCUCCAAACCCUUAGAUGUUGCUCCCAGUGGCCUCAAAGCAGGUGCUUAUUUUUAAAUUCCAGACUUAUAGGCAAUUUUUGGCUGCAUAAAAACCAGGUGCACUGCCAAACAGAGCCUCAAUGUAGUUUGACAAUCCACACAGGGGCUACAAAAUGGCAGACACAGCCUUUAUUUGGCACCCAGGAACAUUUUUCAUGCUAGUGUUGCUCCCCAACUCCUUUUACUUCUGAAUGUUGCUCACGGGUUCUAAAGGUUGGGGAUCCCUGCUUUAAUCCAUUACAGAUAUGUAGAAACUUAAUUGUACCACCUUGAUGUAGUUCUAGGAGUAUCCUUAAAGACCAUAAAAGAGCAUUUAUUUCACCUGUAGAACUAAACCUUGUUCCCCUGGAGUUCUGCUCUUCAGUUUGGGAAAGUGCCUUGAGGUUUUAAGUGGGAUCAUGAAAGACAAUUUUUCUCCAAGCUAUAGUUAAACAAACAUGCUUUAACAUUUUAACUUAAAUCCUCCAUCAACUUCUACUUGUUUGUAUUACUUCUGCAGGGUGGAAAUAACAGAGUUCAGAGUUUGUUUUUGUAUUAAAAUGGCCAUUCUGUAAAAAAAAAAAAAAAAA